AUGGGAAAAAGUCAAAAAAGAUCAUUAGAAAAAGACGAACAACGUCGAGAGAAGAAACGGGCAAGUAACAUUUCCAAGGAUGAUAUGGAAAUUGAUGCUGAAUUGUUAGCCCAACAAGCUUCUGAUUCUGCCAGUGCUGAUACUGCUACUGCUACUGCUACUGCUGCUGUGGCUGCUGUUAAUAAAGAACAUGACAAAGAAUUAGAGCAACCAGAAUCCAAUACUAGCCAAACAACUGACUUGGAUAAAGAUGAAAAGAAGACGAAAGACACUGGCAACAUUAAACAUGAAAAUAAAUCUGUGCACCAUGAGCCUGAAGUUUCCAAUGAUCAACUCGGAAAUCAACAAAACCAGGCUGAUCAGCAGUACCAGUAUCAUCAACUGCUUGCUCAAACAAAUUUCAAAUCAGAAGCAACUAAUCCUGCCAAACCUCCACACGGAUCACCGGAAUGGCAUAGACAAAGAAGAGAAAAUCAUAAGGAAGUUGAAAGAAAAAGAAGAGAAUCAAUAAAUAUUGGUAUAAGAGAAUUGGCCAGAUUGAUACCAACUACCGAUACCAAUAAAGCCCAAAUUUUACAAAGAGCAGUUGAAUACAUUAAAAGAUUGAAAGAAAAUGAAAACAAUAAUAUCGAAAAAUGGACUUUAGAAAAGUUGUUAACCGAACAAGCUGUUAGUGAGUUGAGUGCUUCUAAUGAAAAGUUGAAGCAUGAACUCGAAUUGGCAUAUCGUGAAAUUGAACAGUUGAAAAGAGGGAAGAAAUAA